UUUGUGAGUUUGCUGUAAUAUUUGCUACAAUUUCAAUGUGAUUUUUUUUUUCGUUUUCAGGUUUUGAGCAGAAAACUGAGAUUUAACAACUUCCUGGUUAAGAGCUACCCGUGCAUGUGUACUGGUUAGCAGGUAAUUUAGAUAUGAAUCAGUGAAAUGGACCGCCCUGUCCAGAGGACUCCAUUAAAAUCAAUAGGUGCUCAGGAUAUUCUAAAACUAGACUUUGACAAAUGUGGACACCUCAGAAAAGAGGGAGGACUGGAGAGGACCCUGCUCAGCAAGUUUGUUAAAUGGAGACAAUUCUUUGUCGUCUUAAGAAAUGGGUGUUGUUAUGUUUUCGAUAAUGACCAGUCUACCCAAUCAAAAACUGCCUUCUCUUUCGAAAACUAUUGCAGAUUAGAAUGCUAUACUAGACCAGAUAUGGACAAUUGUUUUAAAGUUAUUCCAAGGCCUGGUCAUGAGGAUCUCCUAAAGGAGCACUGCUUUUCUUCCUCCGACAACCACACACGACAGGAGUGGCUUGUAGCUAUAUACAGGGCCUUACAUGUUGCGAACAACUUGACAGUACCAACUGCAAUAACGAAAGAUGGUUGGAAGGAGGAUAUUUUCGCGAAAGGAACUGAUCCUAAUCGCUACAGUUACAUAGAUGAGAUGCCAGAAGACCCCCCAAAAGACCCCCCGAAACCCGCGGGAAAGCGUUACUCUAAGUUACCUAGUCCACCUGUACCAUCACUGACUAGAGCCAAAAGUUUGCCAGCUCGUAAUGUGUCACAAAGGAGUAAUUCAAACGACACAAGCAAUGAUUCUGACGACUCGCCAUCCGACAACUAUGACGAUAUUCUAACGGAGCCACCGCCCACUAAGCCUGAGCCACUGACCGCUAAGCCUUGUAAAAUAUCUAGAUCUGUCUCCGAGUCUUAUAAGUCUAGACCCCAACCACCUGUUCCCGUGGAUGAAAGAGGCACAGUGUCGCUCCCGGAUUCGUAUACCAAUCUUAAAGAGGGGGUGGCUGAUUUGCCACUCUUUGAAGGAAAUGCUUCAGACGCAAAAAGUGUAAUAAAAGAUGAAGCUGUUGGAACAUUUCUAAUUCGGAAGUCUAGCACUGGAGGCGACAAAAUCAUGUUUGUAUUGGUUUUUUCAGCACCUUCUGGGGAACUGCAGUACAGGAUAUACAAAAAGGAAGAAGAAAAAAUCUAUCUUACAGAGGGAGUAUAUUUUAAACGACUUUCAGAGCUUGUGGACUAUUAUAGAAAAAAUGAUCUCCCAUGUAAACGCAAACUGACAAAGCAUUACGGACACAUGGAUUUAUGAACUACAUCGUUAGUUUCUUAUAAAGCCCACAGAGGGACUUGAAAUAUCUAAAUCGAUGAUUUAGUUGAGUAUUUUUAAUCUCAAAAAUACAUGCAACAUGUAAAUAGUAAUAUUAAAUAAUAGACAAAAUAACACUGGAACGAGGAUCGACAUACUUGUAUGAAUUUUCCCAUGAAAUCAUUCGAAACUUCACCUGUUCUGAGUAAUAAUUGACCUGAUUCAUAGUACGUGUGUCUGUCUGAAAACAUUUUUUUUUAAAUUCCAGUAAAUCUUUAGUUUUGUCGUGUUUCAACUCUCUGCUUUAGAAAAAAAAAAUAUUAUCUAUAUAAUAUAAUGCUUCUCUCUUUUCCUCAUCAAGAAACUCAGUAAUUACGGGAGCGGAAAUUCUGCCUUGAACUUAUUAGAAAAAAAAAUUACUAAUACUUUAUGCAUUCCGAGUUAGGACUACGUUUAUCGUUGAUUUUUAUAUA